AUGUCCUGUUUGAGCGGCGGUAUCUUCGACAUGAAGAAGCUUGUGUCGCAUGUUUUUCCUCUGGAAAAGGCGCAGGAUGCAUUAUAUGUCUCUGCUGACGCAAGCAAUGGGAGUAUCAAGGUUGUGGUAGUGGACGAGGAAAAGGCCUGCGAGUUGGUCUCUGAUCGCAUGCAAUUCACUGAACUUGGUGCGAUGAACGGCUGCACGGGUGAGGCCUUCUACCGGCGCUGGAUACAGUUCUGGGACGAGGGGAGUACCGGUAUCAUGCCGAAAGCAGCGAAGCGAUCUGCCUGCGACCAGUGUAGAGCAAAGCGAGUCCGAUGCCUACGCCCCGAAGGCAGCACGGAGCCAUGUGCGCGAUGCGCCACAUCAAGAGCGUCGUGCGUCACCGGUGCCCCUGGCUAUCCAGGUCGCCCGCGAAAAGGAACCCCGCGAGAUAAAGACGAGCUCGCGUUAUGUAAUAAUACGCCAGCGGUGGAUGGGGCCAUGUUGAUAAAUACACCCGCCAGCUGGGUCGGACCCGAGACGGCAUUGAACUUGCUUGAAGAUUUCGGCGCAGCUGUUCAUCAACAUCAACCAAAGGGUGUAUUGUUCCAGGAACACUCAUAUCCAGAUCCAGAUCCCCCGUCAGAAUCAGGGCGUGCUGCAGAUUUGUUCAACUUUCCUAUGAGCGUGGAAGGCCUAGCCACACUGCAGCAGCCGGCCACCACAUUACAAGAACUACCGAGACCUGACGGCCUGGACAUUUAUAGCGGUCAGGAUUUCGAUGACAUGCUCGAUGUUGGCUUCCUCAGUCCGUCUGGGUGUCAGUUAAUGAGUCCUGUCCCUGCUCAACGGCCGAGUACAGCUACCUCGCUGAUCCAACUGCGAGAGAAGAUCGAACGCCACGUCUCAGUCAUGGGCGGGUUUCUCUCAGAUCCUCGCAACAUCGUAGAAAACUGCCCAGAGGGCACCAUGGGCAUGAUGUCUGAAAAUCCACUCGCCAUGGCAAUAAUGUGUGCGGAAGAGUUCGUCGAUAUUAUCCAGAACCUAGCACAGUCGGCCAUCACCACCGAAACAACCCUGCUAGUCCUUUCGAGCUAUCUCCAGCUAAUCAGACUCUACGACUCUCUAUUCCAUGCCGUCUACCAGUGCCUGUCUCAGAUACCGCCCGAAACCAUCAAGUCAAUCAAAGUCAAAGCGGUGUUCCGCGUCGUGGGCAUCUCAUCGCUCCAAGACGUGCCAGGGAAGGUAUAUGCCAAGGGAGUAGUUGAUGUCAUCCAAAGUCACAUUCAAACUGUAGAGCGCUGCAUCGGUCUCCCAGCGGUAUACUGUCUCUCAGGCGAGGGAGAUGCAUCGCCGAAAGGGAUAUUCGCUGAUGUAGACCGGGAACGGUUGCUUCAUAUUGCUAUGGCACAGGAGGACGUCAGGUCGCCGAGGGGGAACAAGUCGUACGUGGAUUCGAUCAGGGAAAACAUCAGAAAUACAGUCGCAUUGUUUUGA